AUGCUAUUCCACUUGGAUUUGAAUUCUCAGUUAGUGAAUGUAUCAUUCUGGACAGAACCUUCAUUAGUUUUUUCUAUAGCUUAUCACUUGGACCUCCUUAGAGAAAAUGGUCAUUUUCCUUGUAAAGACAAUGUUGAAGAAAAUAUAAAUUACAUACCCGGAGAUUCUUCAAUGAAUACAAGGGACUUGAUGUCAUUCCUUAAAGAAUCUGAGAUAAAAAGGAUUAUACAGAAGAUUGUGAUCAAGACAUUUGAUGUUGAAGUUCAGAAAGCAGAUUUUAUCCUGCUAAACACUGUUUAA